GGACUGGAACUAAAUUCUAUGAGAGAUUUCAAGGUAAAGCCUUUUACUGAUAAGCCAUUCUGUGUCUGGCAGGAUUUGGCUCUAUUUUGCCGAUUAUUCCAGCACCAUGAGCCAAACUAGAGCACUAAAAUAACCUGAUGAAUAAAUACUAUUUUUGAUGAAUUUGUUAGAGGUAAUAUUUACUUGGAAGUAUUUAAUUUAUCAGGAGUUUCACAGGAAGCGUUUUUAAAAAUAAACAAGCCGUGCAGUGAAAAGUUCAAUGUUCUAGUUCUGGAUAGAGGCAUUCAUUAGUGCUACAAGUUCCCUGGUGUUUGAAACAGUAGUGCACUUGGAAUGAAACAUAAACCUUUGCUAAUUAAUAAUAGCCUUGGUGACAAUAUUUAAUCCCAUGUAGUGAUAUGGAUACGUAGAACAUCGUGAUUCUAGAUGUUGUUCAGUAGAGGUAACAGUGUGAAGAGAGUACGGGAGGGGGGUUAUAGUGGUCAUGCCACGCCGGAAAUGACGGACUAUCACACUAGACGUUACUGUGCCGUUGACAGAAGUCCAGGCGUAUCACCAGAACCAAAGGGUGCAAGUGCAAGCUACCCAGUAGGACAUCCUGUGCCACGGCGGUGGCAGAGUGGCAUCCAACAACUCACAAAAAUGAUGAAUUUGAAAAAGCUGAAGCGUCGCUUGUCCUUGACCUUCAAGGGGAACCGUGGCCUUGGUAACAGCCUCUCUGACUUGGCUGAGCAGAUGACGAUUGAAGAUACAAAUGGCAUCACAAAGGAUCCAGACCCAGAUCUAAUAAGUGAGUCCCAGUCUCACUCUCGUAUCCAGAUACAGCUAGGAGCAGAUGAAGAUGAUAUACCCACAGUGUCGGAGAAACACGACUAUGUCUCACCCGUUAGGAUGCGGCAAAGACGUAGAUUUAGUGAGGAGGUGACGAAGCGAUUAUCUCUGCCGGCAGAUAUACGAAUACCCGGUCACUUCCUUGCGAAACAGAGCCUUACACCAGAGGGUCAGUUGAGUCGACGGUCACGCAGAAAAUCUCUUUCUGAGAUCGGCUUUGGGAAAAUAGAAUCAUACACCAAACUUGACAAACUGGGGGAGGGAACAUAUGCAACAGUGUUCAAAGGAAAAAGCCGUCUGACGGACAACCUGGUUGCGCUGAAAGAGAUUCGUCUCGAACAUGAAGAGGGAGCACCUUGUACAGCCAUACGGGAAGUGUCAUUGCUCAGGGAGCUGAAGCAUGCGAACAUUGUCACGCUACAUGAUAUCGUGCACACGGAGAAGUCUCUUACCCUAGUCUUUGAAUAUCUGGAAAAGGAUCUCAAGCAGUAUAUGGAUGACUGUGGGAACAUUAUGAGUAUGACAAAUGUGAAGAUAUUUUUGUAUCAGUUGUUACGCGGGCUGGCCUAUUGUCACAAACGCCAGGUGCUUCAUCGAGACUUGAAACCCCAAAACCUCCUCAUCAACGAGAGAGGAGAGCUGAAACUUGCAGACUUCGGUCUUGCAAGAGCCAAGUCUAUACCAACCAAAACAUAUUCCAAUGAAGUUGUAACUCUGUGGUACCGACCACCAGAUGUAUUGCUAGGGUCAACUGAGUAUGGCACCCCGAUAGAUAUGUGGGGUGUUGGGUGUAUAUUUUACGAGAUGGCGUGUGGACGCCCCCUGUUCCCUGGGUCAACCGUAGAAGAUGAACUUCAUUUAAUAUUCAAGACCCUGGGCACACCGGAUGACUCCAUAUACCCGGACCUCUCACAGAAUGAGGAAUACUUAUCCUAUAACCUGCCCCCUUACACCGCAGAACCCCUCAUAAAUAUCGCCCCUAGAUUGGACGGGGAUGGACUUGACUUGUUAGCAAAGUUUUUACAGUAUCAAUCUCGAUUGAGAACCUCAGCCGGUGACGGGAUGCGACAUGCGUUCUUCAACUCUUUGGGACCCAGUGUGUACAGACUACCUGACACUGUAUCGAUAUUCACCAUAACAGGGAUAGCUCUACACCGGGACCCAGGAAUGAGAUCAUCAACACUUAAUUCCUCAGCUUCCUCAGGUAAGUGCAGAACCUGCAGAGUGUGAAAUGUUCUUAUAUAAUCUAACAUAUCAUACAUGUAUUGCUGUUUGUAACAGGCUGAUGAUUUACGCUUUUUCACUUUCUUAACCUUUACAUUAGAAAAUGGGGCAAUGUUUUAUGAUUGAAAAAAUGUAAUAAGAUUUGAGACAGCUGUUCUAGCUGUACUUUAUACUUAACUAUGUGAGCUAACAAUCAAAUAGUGCACAUGUUACAGUUAACAACUAUGCUGUUAACAAUGGUGUUAACUUUAACAAUGUUAUGAACAAUCGGUAGAUUUUGUUAACAGAGAAAAACAGUUGAGCAAUGGCAUCUGUUCUUUUGUCAUUGUUUUCAUGUAGACUUUCAGCAUGGUGUCAACUAAAAAAAAAACACUAAAGAUAUUGUUUCUUUAUUUUCAAUUUCAACUUGUAUGCAUUUCCUAAGUUCAUUGAAUAAAAUCAUGUAUGCUUAAACUUUGCCUUAUGGUUUCACAAGGAAUGUACAUGUUUUUAUAUUGCUGGCUUUGUUACAGAAUUAACAGAAAGUUUGUUUAAUUUCUGUUGACUGUGUUUGUCAGCUUGAUCUAUGUACAUGUACCUUAUCUGGGCUUUAAAAUAUUAUUUUUGGAAAUGUUCCAUUGUAGAAGAAAUACAUCAAAGUUUGCACUGUGGCAUGCAUAAUUAUUUUUAAAGCAUGUUAUCACGAGUACAAAUGCUGUAAUUCUUAGAUCCAGUCCAUAGAACAGACUUAGCAGUUACCAAUUGUGUAUUACACCUUGCAAAUAAGCACAAAAUCAGCCAGUAAUGUUUCAGCAGCUGACAGCGGGGGCGUGUAUUCUAUUGCUUUGGAAAUAACUUGCCAUUUUAAAUAAAAAGUUGGAUAUGACAUAUUUUUAAGAAAUGAAUAAUGAGGUCAGAUUGACAUUUGAAUAUUAAAUUCUAGUUAAAGUUGUAAUUUAUUUGUAUCAUUGAUGGAGUUACGAUGUAUAAAUAUUUACAGAUGAAGGUAAUCUUCAAUGUAGAAGACAGAUAACAUAUAUCAGCACAUAACUGCACACCCUGUGUUCUUCUCUGAUGAUCUCUGAGUUUCUUUAUCAUCAUAAAACAUAACAAGAGUGGGGAAAUGUCAUAAAAACUGAUUGAAUUACCUCUACUGCACAUGAUAUUAUUACCCACGUUCUGUGUUCAAUAUGCUGCUGUUUUAAUUAGUACAAUUUUGUAUUAUGAAAUAAAGAAUGGUUUACUGUGUUAUUUUAUGUAUGUCAUUGAUGAUCUUCAUUGAAAUCAGUACCAUCAUUCAUUCAUGUGGGUCCAAGUAACAUGACCUAUGAAUAUUUCUCCAUAUUCACGUACCAUUUAUUAGAUACCGUAAAUGACUGGGUAUAAGACGAUAGGGGGUAUUAGACACAGGCAAAAAAAUCCGUGAAAAAUCUGAGAAAAAACUUUUAAUCUAUGUUUUGGGUUAAAGGACGCAUAGAAAAUAUGUUAAAAUCGUCUGCCAAUCUUGGCCACCAUGUUUGUUGACAGUGACGAAAUUAUUUUUUUUCGUGAAAAUGGCGAUGGUUAUCUUUAAAACCAUACAAUGAUAAUGCAAAAUAUGUUUCAUUGUAAUUCGUUUCAUGUUAGGAUAGGCACUGAAAAUUACUUAGUAUGACAAUUUGUUUCUGGAUGGCACUGAAAUGUACCUUUUAUGACUAUUUGUAAGAUUUCUUUCUGACAGUAUAUCGUAAACAAUAACCUGUCGAGAAUGAAUAGGGAAGUUACUGUAUGCAAAAACUUUAUAUUGUACGGGCUUGUUCUCAAAGUGUCAACACCUACAGAAAAGAAUAAAGAACAUGGAAAAGUGCGAAAAAUCAUGACCAUUAUUGCAUCAGUUUGUAGUAUUGGUAUGUUAAACAGGUCUAAAGGCAGUGCGAAUUUUUCACACCUUAUCGUACAACUGACAAAAAUAUUUUGGCAGUGCCCAACUUUGCUUUUUUAUAUGCAUGUUUAAUUAUUGUUUUAUUCAAAUUAAUAUUGAAUAAUUUAAUCCGUAAAAUAUAUUUUUUUUAAAUUAUAAACAUCUUGAGAUAUACCGUAUCCCGAUCUUCAACUGCCGUUUUAACCCGUAUAUACUCAAUCGAUAUGACGUGAGUAACUUCCCUUUCUACAUAAAUCUAAACAAACUCUCGGCCUGAAAUCGGCCCCAGAAAAAAGUUCAAAAGCUUGGUACUGGGUAUUAUACGUAGGCAUUUUUUUACAUUGAAAUCUGAGGGAAAAAAAUGUGUCUUAUACCCAGUCAUUUACGGUACAUUUGGUAUAAUCUUGCGAAUAAUAAUCCGGAAUGCCUUCUAUUAAUGCUGUCAUAAAUUACAAAAUAUUUUUAUGUAUUUUCAGGUAAAAUCAGGCGUCAAAGCAUGCUGUUCUAGGACUUGGCCGAUCAGGCUAAAGUCACAAAGGGGAACAACUCAACAAUAAUCAGCGCACUAGUAUUGUGUUACCUCCCCUACACAAAACUGCUUGAGUCAAUAUGGAAGAUUGAAAGCUGCAUUUUGUGUUUGGAGUGAUCUGUUUGAGAUACACAUAUUCUAAUCACUGAAAGACAUUUCACAGAUAAUGAUCCAGUUCAUCUCGAGCUAUGUUCACUCAAGCUUAACUGUUAUAUAAUCAGUCUAUAAAUACACUGAAAAAAUUCUGACCAUGUGUAAAAAAUAAUUAGGUGCUGUGAUGUAUUUUUUUCUUUUCUGCUAUUGCAUGAUGUUUCAUCAAGCAUCUUAGAUAAUCAUGUGACUUACGUGAAAGGGGCCUUAAAGGGGGAAAUUGGGCCUUUUGAGCCUCCCUGAGCCAUGUGAUAGUAUAGUUUGAGUCCCUUUUGGGGCCUCGAGGUGUGUGUAAUCUUGUAUACAGGAAACUAUCUCCGAAUUUGGGGAACAUGCUCUAUGUGCUUUUAAAACAACUUCUGUAGUGAAACUGAUUGGUUUGCUGUACAUUUUUGCUUCUUGUAAACUUAGGCUUUAUUUUGAUUGAUGGAAAGAAAAAAUUGUCGGGAAACAGUUUGGCUGUAUGUUGAUGUAAGAUUAUAUCAUGAUUAUACUCAUGUUAAACAAUCUUGUUUAUUUGUAGCCCAUCCUGCAAAAUAGAUAGGAGAAACAUUUGUAGAGUUUUAUAAAGGUUUAUUUAUGAUAUUUUGUAUUUUUUAAAAAUUGUGAUUUUAUGAAUUUGAGUACUUAUUUUUAUGACUAUAAUCUAAACUGGAACAGAAAAACAGUUAAACAGAGCUUUAAUUGUUUUAGCGAUAUUAUUUAAACGCUUGUUUAAUUAUUUUUGUACAUACAGGAUCAUGUUUUGAUGAAAACUACACGUAUCUAUUGCACAAAAUUAGCUUUUAUUAUGUAAAUAUGAGAACUAUUGAUAUGUUACUGUCAUUUUUUGUGUUGUAGAAUUAUGAUAACAUGGUUAUGUUCACAGAAGCCAAAGGCAUCAUGUUUCACUGUCAUCAUAUGAAUGUGUGAUAUUCCUUUUCAUGAGUUCGUGUAAUCUUGGAUCAUUGUGUACAGCUGCAUACUGUAUGGUAUCAUUAAGAAUGUAGUAAACAACAACUUAACCCUUAUCAAAGCAAGUUUAUUACUAUUUUGUGAUAUAGAUUUUUUUAAAUGCAAGUUAUUGAUCUAAAACUUUCUAAUUCACAUGUAUUUCUAACAUUAAGAUUCUUUUCAAGUUCAUUAAUGACAGGGUAAAUAUUUUGCUGCUCUUUAUGUUCAUCUGAACUAAAAAUCAAAAACCUUUCACUCACUUUCACCGGUCUAGUUCCACUAAGACACUGGAGGCACGGGCCUGUGCAUCAUGGUGGCCAUUUUAAUAUAAGAUAUGCAAAAAGAAAUACUGGCAACCCCCUAGUACAAAAGGCCUGGGACCCAUAUCAAUAAGAAAUCUUAGUCAUAGACAUUAUACUGCUUAUGAGUGCUAAGGUAGACCAGUUACAAGCAGAAUAUAUGCGAUAAAUGUUAAUGGAGUGACACCUAGUAAUCUAAAAUAUUUAGCCUUAUGAUCGUUAUAGAUACGCGGCCCUGGGCAUCUACUUUGGUUAAGCUUGUUCUGGGUGUUUUUGUUUAUUCUCUGGCACAUGUUCUGUUGAAGCUGGGUGAUUGUAUAAGGUGCUACAUUGUCUAAUUUGUGGUAUGAAUUUGUUACUGUUGUUAGAUUUUGCAUUUUACUUUGAGCUUACUCUUGUCACAGGCAAUGACUAAUAUUCUUUAAGCUUUUUUGAUGCCUUUGAAGUGUUGUUUAUGAAAUAAUUUAUUUAUGUAAUUGAUCUUAAUUUUUAAGAAAUUAAGCAAUAAUUUUAUCAGAAAAUAUCUGCUAAAAUAGUCUGUUGAACAGGAGAAAUUACAUUUAUGUAAAUUACUAUAAUUUUCUGAAAUUUAUGUAAAAUAAGGAGAAGAAAUUCCUGUUUUUCAAAAAUGGUCCUUUCUAUUGGUAAGAACUGCAUUUCUGUCUCAUUUGGAUUUGAAAAAGGCAAAUAUGUGCCAGAUUCAUCUUGAAUUAAAACGGUAAUUGUUAGCAAUAUGAAUGAGGAAUUUUCUGUAAGAAAACGUUAGCUGCAAGACAUUUCCUAGGCGAGGAAAGAGAGUGCACCUAGUCAACAGAUAGCUAUUUAUUUCAAGAGAAGAAUAUUUUUAGUUUCUCAUCCAGAUUUUAAACAAAGUUGAGGGUGGAUUAUUUUUUUAAUAAAAUCAUUGGGUAUGUCUGAAUUUUGGGGUCAUUUUGCUGAAGGCUGAAAUUCCAACUUAAAAAAUAGGGCUGGCUGUUUCAGGAUGACAGACUAAAAACAUGUUUUCUCUAGCUAGUAUGAAUGUUCAUUUUCUUGCAAGAAAUUUGAAGUGUUAAAUGAUAAUUAAUCAAUGUUUUAAUUAUUUGCAUUAAUCAGCUUUUAUAAUAAUGUAUAUGGACCUUUUUUCAAGACUUAAAAGUAUGCCAGGACAAAGCAGUGCUUUGUUUAGGUUUUGUUUAAUAAUUUUUGUGCUGCUUUAAUUCUGUAAUUGUCUUCAUAUUUGCUAAUUGACAUUGUUGUGUUUGACAGGACAUGAAGAAGAACACAGAGAACAUCAGAUUAUUUACACAUGCUUUAUAUUUCAAAAUUGUACAAAUAAUUUUGGUAUGUCAGUAUAACACACUUUUCAACGUACCGCCAAAAUAUCAUGAAAAUAGUUGAAUCACUUUUUAAUCUCAACUCAUUUUACCACUCAAAAGCAUAGCAUUAUUCAAAAUCUUAUUUACUGUUUUUAUAAGUGCAUUCUGUAGAUUAUGUUCGUAAAAAUAUUCUUUAUUCUAAAGAAAAUAAUUCUAGAACAAAAAAUGUACUAUAGCAUUUGUUGAACACAGUUUUACUCAAUUGCUAUAUGGAAUAAUUAAUGUUAUAUAAAUAUCACACAAAGCAAACCUAUAAUCCAUGUGAAAUUUAGCAUUGAAAAAGAUGUAAACAGGUAUGACUUUGAAUUCUGUUUUUAGGUUUUGAGGUAAAAUCAGUUGAGAUUGAGAAACGAGUAUUUUUGUGAUAUUGGAGCCAGAGUUUUUAAUUUUAAACUCAACUUUGAAGCCUAAACACUUAAUCUUGGAAUACCAGUUCCAUAAAACUUUGCUAAACAUUUUGUAUGUUUGUCCAUGCAAACACAUUAUUAAAUCAUAAAUGUAAUAUAUUCGUACAAUUUUUUUCUACUAUCUCAUCAUAAACUUUACACUUUAGUAAAUAUACGAUACCAAAAAUAAUUCUUAAACGGUUUAGUUGAAUAUCUCUGUGUUUAAAAAGAUGAACCAAAAUUUCAUUAGUUUCGUCCAUGUGUUUGUUUGUCUGUCCAUUAUUGGUCAAGCAUGUAGAAGGUCAUUCAUAGCCAUUGUAGAACAGUGAUGCCUGUAAAGUAAUGGUUUGUUUGCAGUCAUCAGACUCACUAAAGUCUUAAAGUACGCAGUUUUCUCACAUAUGCUGUUCCGUUAAGUAUUAAAUCAUCUUUCAUUUUGAGCUUUCAAGUUUCUUCAAUGUAAACAAUUAAGGUGUUGUCCAUGCCCUGGUGUUGGUGUCAUUGUUGGCAACAGCAUCGUCGUUUUCAACAUUUUUGCAAAAAUGUGAAACUUGGCCAUAACUCAAAAAGCAAUCGAAGCAUUCCAAUGAAACUUUGUACACAAGGUGUAACCAUAACAGAGAUGUUACACACAUGUUCAGCAAGGGUCAUAAAUCUGGCUGAAAUGAUUGAUUAAAUAAGCCCCUUUGUUCCACUUACAAAACAGCAAGAGAUAUGUGUUGGCAUUCUCUCUGCGGAGCUUCUGUAUCCUGACCUACCUUGAGCGUUGGCAUUCUCUCUGUGGAGCUUCUGUAUCCUGACCUACCUUGAGCGUUGGCAUUCUCUCUGCGGAGCUUCUGUAUCCUGACCUACCUUGAGCGUUGGCAUUCUCUUUGUGGAGCUUCUGUAUCCUGACCUUCCUUGAGCGUUGGCAUUCUCUCUGCGGAGCUUCUGUAUCUUGACCUUCUUGAGCAUUGACUUUCCCUCUGCUGAGCUUCUGAAACUUUACCUACUUGAGCAUUGACGUUCUCUCCCCAGAGCCUCUGUAUCUGAACCUACCUUUAACUUUAAUGUUUUCUCCGUGGAGCAUCGGUACCUUGAGCACUGGCGUUCUCUUCGCAGAGCUUCUGUAUCCUGACCUGCCUUGAGCGUUGGCAUUCACUCUGCGGAGCUUCUGUAUCUUGACCUCCCUUGAGAUUUUAAGUUCUCGCUGAGGAGCUUCUGUAUCUUGACCUGCCUUGAGCGUUGGCAUUCACUCUGCAGAGCUUCUGUAUCUUGACCUCCCUUGAGAUUUUAAGUUCUCGCUGAGGAGCUUCUGUAUCUUGACCUGCCUUGAGUGUUGGCGCUCUCUUUGCAGACCUUCUGUAUCUUGACCUACCUUGAGUGUUCGCGUUCACUCUGCCGAGCUUUUGUUUCCUGACCUACGUUGAGCGUUUAAAUUCUCUGCGAAGCUAUUGUAUCUUGAACUACCUUGAGCAUAUGCGUUUUCUUGGCUGAGCUUCUAUAUCCUGACCUACCGACAUCUGGGUUGGUUCCCUGCAAACAUUACAAUUGUUAAGGAUGGCCUUUCUUAUAUUUGGCCCUCAUUUAAACUACCAUACUGUGCCAUUGUUAACUGUCAUAUCAUUAAAAUAAACAUUUUUAUUUUUCAUUUAUUUUGCAGACAGUCUAAAUACAUGUAGUUCUUAAUGGUGAAAUUAUGACAAAUUGAAUUACAAAAAACACUCAAAAUAAUAUUGAAAGCAUAUCCAUACAUUUUUGUUGUCACUAUUUUUGCAUUAAAAACAUGUCUCUAUGGUAUAUAUCUUGUACAGAAUUGUGUAUUUAUUGCCCUUUAAUUUUGUUCACUACCAAAUAAUAACUGUCUUAGGUAUUUUUGUUUUCACAGUGUUGAGAAUUUCACCUUGAACAUGUAUGACAAUUUGAUUAUUUGUAGUUUUUCUUCCAUAAUUAGCAGCCAAGAAACAUAGAAAUAAAAUUGAUGGCAUGAGUUGUAAAACUGUAGAUUCCAGGACUUCAAAAAAAGUUUUAUUUUAUUAAUUGUCACAAUUUCAUGGGGUGUGUAUUCAAAACUUAUAGCCUUAAUAACCAUUCAUGUAAACUGAACCAAUUUAUAUCUUCUAGGUCUCACCUUAAACCUUGUAAAAAUAGUCAAAUAUUUUUAUAAAAUAAAAUGUCCUGUACGAGGGUUGAUGGUGAAAUUCAGGUAACUUUAAUAUAAAAACAUCAAAAUAAAUGUUGUUUAAAAUGUUUGUAAAUGGGUAAAUAUAUUUCUUAUAUAUAUAUAUAUAUAAUUUGAUAACAGAAAUCAAGAUGAUAAAAUACGUCCAAUCAAUGUAGACUUCUAUAAUCUUUAUUUGUACCAAGAUGAAAUCAUUUUCAGCAACAUUUGUUCUUUGUUAUGUUAAAAUUCUGUGAACAACCCUCAUGCAUAGAGAGACUUGUUCAACAAUAGCCCCAUUUCUGUGUGAAUCUGCCUGUCAUAGCUCAUGUCUUGUAAUGCCCUCAAUGAAGGGCACUUUGUAAUGUCAAUAAAGCAAUCUGUAAUACUGA